GUUUUACUUCAUCGGUUUCAGAGUACGCUGGUAAUAGCUGAACAUGCCAACGAGGCCCUUACACCAAUUACUUUGAACACCAUUACUGCAGCAAAACGGCUCGGAGGUGAAGUGUCCUGUUUGGUAGCUGGGACCAACUGUGAAAAGGUGGCACAAGAGCUGAGCAAAGUGCAGGGAGUUUCCAAGGUUCUUUUUGCCCAACACGAUGCAUUUAAAGGACUUCUGGCUGAGGAGCUGACUCCGCUGAUUUUGGAAACUCAGAAACAGUUCAGUUACACACACAUCUGUGCUGGAGCAUCUGCCUUUGGGAAGAAUCUCCUUCCCAGAGUGGCAGCUAAGUUGGAUGUUGCUCCUAUCUCAGACAUAACUGAAAUCAAGUCACCUGAUACUUUUGUGAGGACUAUUUAUGCAGGCAAUGCUCUGUGCACUGUGAAAUGUGACGAGAAAAUAAAGGUGUUCUCUGUCCGAGGUACUUCCUUUGAGGCUGCCCCAGUGAGUGGGGGCAGUGCAACCGUGGAAAAAAUAUCAGCUCCUGCGCCAGUUGGCCAGUCUGAAUGGAUUGAGCAGAAGUUAACCAAAAGUGAUCGGCCAGAACUUACUAGUGCAAAAGUUGUUGUAUCAGGUGGACGAGGCUUGAAGAGUGGUGAAAACUUUAAAUUGUUGUAUGAACUGGCUGAUCAGUUGCACGCCGCAGUUGGUGCUUCUCGGGCAGCUGUUGAUGCAGGCUUUGUCCCCAACGACAUGCAAGUGGGACAGACUGGCAAAAUUGUAGCACCGGAACUAUAUAUUGCUGUAGGAAUAUCUGGAGCAAUUCAGCAUCUAGCUGGAAUGAAAGAUAGCAAGACCAUAGUUGCUAUCAACAAAGACCCUGAAGCUCCCAUAUUCCAAGUUGCAGAUUAUGGUUUAGUAGCUGACCUGUUUAAGGUUGUUCCUGAGUUGACAGCAGCAUUAAAAAAGUGAACGCUACCCCAUCUUUGGGAAGGAAUGAGAAUGACUUCAGCAGAGAGAAAUUAUUUUUAAGCAGUAUAAAUUAUGUUUUAUCAAAGUAGAAAUGUAACAAUUGCCAAAAAUGCCAAUGACUACCUUGUAAUACACCAACUUUUGCCCUUUUCAUUUCCAUUUGGCUUCGUUAUUUCCUGAAAUUUUUCUAAUUCUUUAAUAAACAUACAUCUGCCGUAUUUUGUAUUA